AUGACAGUCACUCCGUUGAAACAUGUUAUAUUCCUACCCGGUCCCUCGUGGGGUCACCUGCGUCCAGGUAUGAAGACCGCGCUGCGGUUAAUCGAAAAGUUCCCCAACUUGUUCAUUUCGCUAUUCGCAUACCCUACAGAAGUAUCCAGAGCGAACAAAUAUAUUGGUGCCCAGCCAGCCAUGUACUCCAAGCGGAUUAGGAUUGUCACAGCCUCAGACACAGAAACUGGCCCGCCGGUGUCUACUAAUAACGUGAUUGAGAUGCUCGAUCAUCUGGAGGUCUGUUUCAACCAAUGGAUCGAUAGCGAGAUUCGGCAAGCAAGUGUAACUCAAGUCGAUGGCGGGCCGAUCGGUGAACCAAGCCUGGUGAUAGAGGACCUGUUCAAUGGCGGGAUGGCACUCGAGUGCAAGAGUAAAUAUGGAAUUCCGGUUGUUGGGUGGUGGAUAACUCCUGCUUCAUCGUUAAUGUCGAUUACAGGUCACGAACAAGCGUGCAGCAAAACUGUUUACGAUAGCUUGCUCCAGCUUGACGCUAGGAAAGAGCCAGACUUGUUUACAAAGGCAAACAAACUAUACUUACAGAACGUCAGCGAUCGAUUGGUCACUAUACCUGGCCUGCCAGCCGUCCAUGAAUGGGAACUCAGCCCCCAGUCGGUGCCGUUUAUACCACCAUUCAUUGUAUAUCUAGCUCCACGAAUCUCCAACAUGCUAAAGCACAUUGACGAGCUUGUCUUUUGCACGACCUUUGAGAUCGAGCCUAUUUCUGCCGCCUCGAUAUCAACCGCGUUCAAACGCCCCGUCACACCAUUCUUCAUCGGCCCCGCAGUAGAUCUCGUCUCACCACGCCCACCCGACGACGAAUCAGCAAUAAACGAGUUCCUAGACCGCGCAUAUAGCGAGCACGGCGCGCAUUCAGUCAUCUACGUCGCGUUCGGCACGGCCUUUUUCCCUCUCCCGAGCACACAACCGCAUCUCAUGGCCGCCCUGGACGAAAUUCCCAAAGCCGGGUUCAAAUUCGUGUUUGCGCUGUCUUCUGAAAGUGCGGGUGUUGAUCAGGCGUGGAUGGAUGCGCAUGUCGAGGCUGGGAACGCGAUAUUCCCCAAGUGGGCGAAUCAAACUGCCGUACUUGAACAUCCUGCGAUUCAUUAUUUCUUAUCUCAUGGUGGAUGGAACUCGUCUACUGAGGCACUUGUACGCGGUGUUCCGUUUAUCUUUUGGCCAUUCAUGGGCGACCAACCCACCAACGCCAUGCAAAUCGCCAACGUCCACGACUGCGGCUUUGAGCUCUUACAAAUCCGCACUGGACCCGCUCAGUCCACCGCCUAUCGAAAUGGCACCGAAAUCAAAAUAGUCGGCACACAAGACGCAGCGCGCGAAGAGAUGAAGCACAUACUAGAGCUGAGUAAAGGACCGAGAGGAGAGCAUCAGCGCGCGAAUGUUCGGAUGUUGGGCAAGGUGGUUUCUGAUUCGUUGGGGCGGGGUGGGAGCGGAGAUGUGGGACUGGAGAACUUGGGAAAGGCGUUGAGUCUGGUGUGA